AUGAGAUUUACAAAAGCGAACGGGCCAACAAUGGCCACUUUGAUUGUGCCUCUUCUUGUAGUCUUAUUUUCUCUAAGCAUUCCUUUAUCAAUUACAGCAUACUAUAAAGAUAAAACACCAUAUAUGAUUCUUAAUCAUCCAAUCCAUGCUAAAUCGUCGCCUCCACCACCUCCUAAGUCACCGUCUAAAUCACCACCACCUCCUAAGGCACCACCAACUAUGCAUGCCAAGUCUCCAGCACCACCUCCGCCUCCUAAGUUAUCGCCACCACCACCUUACAUCCAUGGGAAGUCUCCAUCGACGCCUCCAAAGUCUCCACCAUCACCUCCUAAGUCACCACCACCACCAUCCGUCCAUGGGAAGUCUCCAGCAACACCUCCUAAGUCACCAUCACCCCCUAAGUCUCCUCCACCACCACCACCGUCUACUCAUGGGAAGUCUCCACCAUCACCUUCUAAGUCACCACCACCUCCUAAGUCUCCAUCACCACCACCACCAUCCAUCCAUGGUAAGUCUCCACCAUCACCUUCUAAAUCACCAGCACCUCCUAAGUCUCCUCCACCACCACCACCGUCCGUUCAUGGAAAGUCUCCCAAGUCACCACCACCUCCUAAGUCUCCUCCACCACCACCACCGUCCGUUCAUGGAAAGUCUCCCAAGUCACCACCACCUCCUAAGUCUCCUCCACCACCACCACCGUCCGUUCAUGGAAAGUCUCCCAAGUCACCACCACCUCCUAAGUCUCCUCCACCACCACCGUCCGUUCAUGGAAAGUCUCCCAAGUCACCACCACCUCCUAAGUCUCCUCCACCACCACCACCGUCCGUUCAUGGAAAGUCUCCCAAGUCACCACCACCUCCUAAGUCUCCUCCACCACCACCACCGUCCGUUCAUGGAAAGUCUCCCAAGUCACCACCACCUCCUAAGUCUCCUCCACCACCACCACCGUCCGUUCAUGGAAAGUCUCCCAAGUCACCACCACCUCCUAAGUCUCCAUCACCACCACCACCACCACCACCUCCUAAAGUCGCAACCACUACCAUGUAG